UAUAACAACUACUACCAGCAGAGGAGCUCGACUUGAAGCAAGAACUGCGAAAGAGUUUUAACUGAAGAGUACAGGCAUCACAGUGCUACUUGUUUUGAGAGGCCACAUCUUUUUUCGUUUUCCACAUUUUGAUAUUAUUUUGAUCGUGCAUGCAGCGCAUGUCCAGAUUAUCUGACGGUGCAGUUGUUGCUUUAUCGUUGAACAGAGAGACAGCCUUUGAAAGGAAUUGAAGAUGACCACUUCCUGGAGUGACAGACUGCAGAACUAUGCAGACCUCCCGGCCAACAUGGAUGGCCUGGCCAUGAAGAAGUACAGGAGAGAGGCCUAUCAUAGAGUGUUCGUCAACAGAAGCUUGGCCAUGGAGAAGAUCAAGUGUUUCGGCUUCGAUAUGGAUUACACAUUAGCAGUGUACAAGUCUCCGGAGUACGAGUCGCUGGGCUUCGAGCUGACCGUGGAGCGCCUGGUCUCCAUCGGUUACCCCCAGGAGCUGCUCAGCUUCGUCUACGACCCCUCCUUCCCCACCAGGGGUCUUGUGUUUGAUACCAUGUACGGGAACCUGUUGAAGGUGGACGCUUACGGCAACAUCCUGGUGUGUGUCCACGGGUUUAACUUCCUCCGAGGGCCUGAGAUACGGGAGCUGUACCCCAACAAAUUCAUCCAGCGAGACGACACCGAGCGCUUUUACAUCCUCAACACUCUGUUCAACCUGCCAGAAACCUACCUUUUCGCUUGUCUGGUGGACUUCUUCUCAAACUGUGACAGAUAUGCAAGCUGUGAGAGCGGUUUCAAGGAUGGAGAUCUCUUCAUGUCCUUCAAAAGCAUGUUCCAGGACGUCCGAGACGCUGUCGACUGGGUCCACUUCAAGGGAACCCUGAAGGUGAAGACUGUGGAGAACCUGGAGAAGUUUGUUGUGAGAGAUGCGAAGCUGCCUCUCCUUCUGAGCCGAAUGAACGAGGUCGCCAAGGUCUUUCUGGCCACCAACAGUGACUACAAAUACACUGACAAAAUCAUGACCUACCUGUUUGACUUUCCUCACGGCCCCAAGCAUGGCACAGCCCACCGGCCGUGGCAGUCCUACUUCGACCUGAUCCUGGUCGACGCCAGGAAGCCUCUCUUCUUCGCAGAGGGCACGGUGCUGAGACAGGUCGAUACGACCACGGGGCGUCUGAAGAUCGGCACCUACACAGGACCCUUGCAGCAUGGGAUCGUCUACUCUGGAGGCUCCUCCGACAUCGUGUGUGACCUGCUGGGGGCCAAGGGCAAGGACAUCGUCUACAUCGGGGACCACAUCUUCGGGGACAUCCUGAAGUCGAAGAAGCGCCAGGGCUGGAGGACCUUCCUGGUCAUCCCCGAGCUGGCCCAGGAGCUGCACGUGUGGACCGACAAGAGCUCUCUGUUCGAAGAACUGCAGGGACUGGACAUCUUCUUGGCAGAGCUCUACAAGCAUCUGGACAGCAGCAGCAAUGAGAGACCUGACAUCAGCGCUAUCCAGAGAAGGGUCAAGAAAGUGACCCAUGACAUGGACAUGUGCUACGGCAUGAUGGGCAGCCUGUUCCGCAGCGGCUCCAGACAGACGCUGUUCGCCUCGCAGGUGAUGCGCUACGCCGACCUGUACGCCGCCUCCUUCAUCAACCUCCUCUACUACCCCUUCAGCUACCUGUUCAGGGCCUCGCACGUCCUGAUGCCCCAUGAGUCCACGGUGGAGCACGCCCAUGUGGACAUCGACGCCGAGUCGCCCCUGGCAACCCGCAACCGCCACUGCACCGACUGCAUCGAGCUGGACUGCAAGAGGAGCCAGCUGACCCGCUCCAUCAGCGAGAUCAAGCCCCCCAACCUGUUCCCCCAGACCCCCCAGGAGAUCACCCACUGCCACGACGAGGACGAUGACGAGGAGGAGGAGGAGGAGUGAGGAGGGGGAGGAGAGAGGAGGAGGAGGAAGUGGUGUUUUUUUGGGGAAAAACAGUCUACGAUCAGGCUAGGCUACUUUCCUUUUUUGUAUCGCCCUGUGCUCCCUGCCUCCUGCCCCCGCACCCCCUGCCCCCAUACCCCUUACUUCCUGCCCCCAUGCCCCCAAACCCCCCUCCCCCAUACACCC